AUGCAGUCAGUGGUGAAAGUUUGGGGCAGUGAAUUGGAUGACCGGCUGCUCUACUGUCCUGGCAGCAGCAACCAGGGGACGCCGGUUAGCCAGUCGGAAAUAUUCAUCGGUUCGGCCGGCUCCGCCUCCAUCGCGCCCCGCUUUACCUUCAACAGUACCGGUUCUGCCGCCUGCAUGUGGUCUUCACAUCGUCUGCGUUGCUACCUAGGCGGUUUCACUGUGGACUUUUCGACCUUUUUCGAUUGCGGAGGCAGAGCCGCUGGUAAAGGCAAAACUCAAGGUCUUGCUAUCCUACUGACUUCUAAGACUGUCUCGCGCUCCCUGCUCUGUUUCCUGCCGGAUUUACGCAAGCCUUCUUGCGGACGUACCAUCUCCUUGCACGGAAAGGCAGUCAUGCUGGGUCUAGUCUGCCCUGAUAGCAAUCAGUCCAGCGUGACCCUUAGUGGUAGCAGUCUUGGAGCCUUCUCGGAAACUGUGUUUGCGGGCGUCUUGUCAAUCGCCUUUGAACAUGGCCUGGUCGCUGUGAUAGUUGUUCUAGCCUGGCGGUUUUUGCGUCUUCUAUAA